UUAAAUUUUCCGCAUUAGUAACUAAUCCUAAACAAACAAAUAAAUAAAUAAAAAUUGAGAGAGAGACGAGAAAGCAAAAAAGGAUCAAACUUUACGUCUACCCAUGAAAAAAUGGAGAUCGGAGAAGAUCAUCCUCCUCCAUAACCAUUGACCCUUAAGAAGAGUUUGUGAAGUGUGUGUGAGGGACUGAUGUGUUCUGGUGGAGAAGGGAAACAAUGGAGCUGUGGAAAAGCGGGAGUUGUGAGUUUGCAGAAAGUUGGAUCUUUGGUUCGAGAUUUGAGCGAGCCUUGUCUUUCCCAAUCCCACAUUCAGAUUGGCAAAAUGCUUAAGCCAGAGAAGUGGCAAUCGUCUUUUGAUAGCGAAGGAAGAGUUUCUGGUUUCCAAAAGGCCCUCAAGUUAAUUAUCUUAGGGGGAAUCGAUCCGUCUAUUAGAGCUGAGGUUUGGGAGUUUUUACUUGGCUGUUAUGAGCUGAGCAGCACCUCUGAGCACCGUAACCAACUCAGGGAUGCUCGAAGGAAACGGUACAAUGACUUGCUCAAGCAAUGCCAGACGAUGCAUUCAAGCGUGGGAACUGGUUCGCUUGCCUAUGUCGUGGGUUCCAAAGUCAUGGAUAUGCGGAAGUCUUAUAGAGAUGAGGCCGUCAAGGUUGCUACUACUACUACAGAUGAAAACAGAGAAGAAGAUCAUGAUAAUGCUAAUACUGAAGACCAUCAGAGUGAUUGGAGUAAUAAUAAUAACGGUGGUGCUGAUACAUCUCAUGUACAACACAGAAGAGGGAGUUCUAGCGAGUCUGUUGAUUUAGCAAGCGGUAGAGAAAGUCCAGAGAGCGUAGUGUACAACACUUCCUCUUUCGUGUCUGCUUCCAGUCCGUAUGGCUUUCCUUCUUCCCCUGACGGUUACUUUGACUUCCCCUCGCUGCCGGUUACAGAUUUGUUUGGAAGGAACAGUUUAGAUCAGAUAGAGGUUUCUACUCCGGACAAGGAUGCUUCAUUGCACAGAGAGUUAAGAUCUUCUGCUGCUAAUAAGAAUGCUGACUUAGUUAGAGAACAACAAAGGUCUACUUCAGAGAUCGAAGUGAUGCCUCCGGAGUCUGUUGCAUCAGUAAAAGAGACUCCCUCUGGUGUGGGGAAUGUCACAGAAGAUAGAGUGUCUGAAUGGCUUUGGACGUUGCAUCGAAUAGUUGUUGAUGUGGUAAGGACAGAUGGCCACCUAGAGUUCUACGAGGAUCCAGGAAACCUAGGAAGAAUGUCUGAUAUCCUUGCGGUUUAUGCUUGGAUUGAUCCUUCAACUGGUUAUUGCCAAGGAAUGAGUGAUUUAGUCUCUCCAUUCGUGGUUCUUUUUGAAGAUAACGCUGAUGCCUUUUGGUGCUUUGAAAUGCUCAUAAGAAGAACGAGAGCGAAUUUUCAAAUGGAGGGACCAACUGGAGUGAUGGAUCAGUUGCAAUCACUGUGGCACAUACUGCAACUCACAGAUAAAGAUAUAUUCUCUCACUUGACGCGUAUUGGUGCUGAGAGUCUUCACUUUGCCUUCCGUAUGCUUUUAGUACUCUUCCGGCGAGAACUGUCUUUCAAUGAAGCUCUCAGAAUGUGGGAGAUGAUGUGGGCAGCUGAUUACGAUGAAUCUGUUGCUGAAACUCUGGAGAAUGAUUGCUUGGAGCCUCUGGUGAUUCAGACUCCUAGUAAAUCCAGACCUGAAGUGAGUGAGGAAACCAUAUAUGAUAGUAUAAAGAGAGAACCAGCAUCUUCGAAGAGCGGACCAAUUUCAAAGAGCAGCGGUUUGUUGUCUAUGAGCGGUCUGCUGCCGAAGAGUGGUCCUUUGCCAAAGACCACUGGUCCGCUCUCUGAGGAGAGUGGGAUGAAGUCAACAUCAUCCUCCUCCUCUUCCACAUAUCACUUCUGUGGUUUGACAAGAAGUCUUUGGUCAAGGAACGGUAGAACAACCACACAUGCCCCUUGUGUAGUCUCAUCUAUCAGGAAAGGGGAUGAUGCUCUUCCUGUCUUUUGUGUGGCGGCGAUUUUGAUUAUGAAUCGACAUAAGAUCAUGAAAGAAACUCGCUCCAUUGAUGACAUGAUACAGAUUUUCAACGAUAAGGUUCUUGUGUUUAGCGUGAGGAGAUGCGUACGCACAGCCAUUAAACUUCGUAGGAGAUACAUGUACAAGAGUCAGGUAAUCAAGACCAAGAGCCACACUCAGUCUCAGAAUCAAAACGAGGUUCAGAUCCACCAUCAAACUCAUAUGGAGAGCCAGAAGCUGGAAGAGACUCAAGGUGCAAGCCAGAGGCAAACACAAAGUUCACAUCAUAGUGGUGACUAGUCAGACUCCACUUAUUAACAGUAUAAUAAGAUAAAACUAAAAGAAGAAGAACAGUUUUGGCACUAUGAAGAGACUCUGAGAAGCUUGUGACAUUGAAUCGCUUGGCACUAGACAAACUGAGACUCAUAAUCAAAGAGGUUAGACAAAUAAAAAUUUUAUCUCUCUUUUUCCUGCAUGAACAGUUUUUAUUGCAUAACCUUUUAUACUUUAAAAUGUGAAUAUCAGAAAAUUUUAUACUUAGAAAGCAAACACAACAAGAAUCAUAUCUUCUUUAAGCUAUUAUAGAGAAGCCUUUUUCAUGGCUGAUGACAAUGUAAUAAUGACAAUAAAAAUCUAUAUGUUUCCUCUUUA